UGCAUGUUCAGUUUAGCUGAACUAUCCACUAAGGACCAAAUGCGACCAAGAAAACGUCAUUUUAUGAAUUCUCGACACAGCUAACAAAGAUUUUAAAAGAAAUUGUUUGCAGCUGAAUUAGAGAGAUAUACAAUAGUUUGUCACCAAGAUCCUUAAGUAAAUAGGGUUGGAUGACAGUAUGAAGAUCAUUGACUCAUUGGUGUUUGCGUUUCUUCCCAUUUUGGUUGUUGGUGACUUAGACUUUUUGUGUGUCAGUCUGGAAAAGGAUAAUUCUUUAGCUUGCCCAGGUACAACAACUGAAGGCUCUACAAGAGGUGAUAGACCUGAUGUUUUCGUCUCGUGGCUGAAUAGGCCACCUUAUAUUUAUAACAAUAAAGAGACGAAUGAUUCUUUGAAGGAUGACGGAAGCCAGGGAAGUGAAAAAAUGGAAAAACGCUCUGCACCUGAAACCAAACUCAAAGGUAUUGUAUACGAAGUUGUCAACAAAGCACUAAAAAUAUGUUUGGGAGUAGACUGCCAUGUGAACUACAGUACAAAUACCACCGAAGAUCUACAACAACUCAAUCAAGUUAUCGCGCAGAAAACAGCUGACAUUGCUUUGCCUGUGCAAAGCAACGUAGAAAACAAAUAUGGCGGCCAUGAGUACGUACAAGUCAUGAAAUCGCCAGGUUUUGUCUUCAUUGUGAAUAAACAACAAAUGCAGGAUCAGUCACGAGACUUAGUUGUACGUGCUAUGAAAGAUACAUGGCCAGUUGUCGUCAUAACGCUGCUGAUGACAUGUUCAGCGGGCCUGUUGAUUUGGGCAUUGGACACCGUUGGGAAUCCAGAUCACUUCCCGCGCGCUUUCACGCAUGGAAUCAUGGAGGGCAUUUGGUGGUCUUUUGUGAGCAUGACUACAGUAGGGUAUGGUGACAGGACCCCCAAGUCAUAUUUGGCUCGUUUUUUUGGCAUCUUGUGGAUUCUAAUCGGCCUUGUCUUAUGUUCGUUCUUCACGGCCACUUUUACGAGCGCCCUGACGUCUUCGUCCAUCAAACAAAGGGAAUCUUUCCUUGGAGUUAAGGUUGCAGUUAUUGCAGACAGUAACGCCUAUGACGAGGCUCUGAAGCAUGCUGCAAAUGUCAAAGAAUACACUGACUUCUACCAAAUGUACAAAGCACUCAUGGAAAAGAGAGAAGUGCAAGGGAUUUUGGCGGACAUAUACACUGCCUCAUACUUCAUGCACAAUAUUAAUGACACUCUGCUGGCAGUGAAAAAGUUCUUCGCAAGUCAACACUCAAUUGGCUUUGUCAUUAGACGCGAGCAUCAUACCCUUAACGAGUACUUGAUCUGCUUGAGGAACCUUUUCAAAUACAGACAACGUGAUGUUAAAAAGAUCAUUUUACGACACAUUCAAGUAUUUCAUAAUGAGACUCUUAAUCGUAGAGUGACAGCGGAUGACAUCGACGUCAUGGUGAAGUUGCUUGAUGGUGACUCGCUCUGGUUUAGGAGAACUUUUCACAUUCUUCUCAUCGUAUUUUUCUUGAUGUUGACUGUGGGCUUAUUGUACGAGUUUUGCAGAAUGGCUACAAGACCCCGGUCCACUGAAAACUAACAUGUCUGACCAUGAACUUGAAAGAAAAGUUAUCCUGUCGCAAACCGAGCAUGCAUGCGAAUAAUUCACAAGUAAAACUGAAAAUUUUGUUGUCGUUUUACUUUACCUUGUUUUUAAAAACAAAUGCUCAAGUUAUAUAAAGUUAAAACUAUCUUUUUUUCACCUUUACAUGCUCAAUUUGGAGGUUGGUUGGCCGCAUCUUGAUAUGCUUUAAUGUGA